UUGUAAUGCGAUGCAGGCUAAACGAAAACUAUCUUUGAAAACAAAUACUACAUCAGAGAGAGAAAAAAUUGUUUGAAUUUUACGGUAUUAUAUCUUUACCACAUCGCGAGAUUUCUUUGACGGCAAAGUUUACAAUAAUUUAUUCACAAAUUUUGGAUUUUGCAAUAAUAAUGUUGAUGUCAAUUACGGGCAAGUAUUGCUGAGACAGGAAGUCGUAAAGCAUUGAAAAUGGCUGUCAUAGAACAAGAAAAUUCUCCGAUGAUUAAAACACACUUUACAUCUCUUCCUGAAAAGCGUGAGACGAGAGCAAAAUAUGUUUCUUCUGUAAUAUUUUGUCUUUGGUUGCAGUGUCACUGGUUCUAAUAUUUGGUUUUAUUUUGUAUUCCAAUGAGUACGACUUCGAGCGUACAUACUAUAUGAAAGAGGGAAAUACAACAGGAAAAUACUUCACCAGGAAAGAAAUUCUAACGUUCCCAAUUAUAUUUUCAACUGCAUUAAGUUUGUUUGGCUUCUUACUUAGAACAUUAGUUGAUCGUCUUUCACUCGUCGCUGAAGAAUACAAACAUAAAAAACAGCGUUAUGGCGGAAGUUGGACAAAGAUGAUCGAAGCUUGUUUUGGUGGAGUUUUUUCGGGUCUAGUAUUUCCACUGAUAAUACUGGGUGUAAUAUCAAUCAUUCUAACAAUUGCCGUCCGUUUCGACAAGUCUUGGGUUGAGAUUCAAUAUCUUGUGUGUAUAUUUAGUGGAAUUGGUAUUGGUUAUUUAGUUAUGCAGUUAUUCAAUUUAAAUACGCAAUCUGAAAUUCAUAUCUCAACGAUUCUAGAAGAAAAUCAAAGUUUCGUUUCGAACGGACUAGCCUGGCAUUACUACAUCAAUCAUCUCAAAUUCACUGCCAGCCUUCAAAAAGCUGCUAGUUCGUUGAAGAAUUUAAACAGUGAUAAGUUACUAUUACUCAUACCAGUUGACUGCUACACUCAUCAUGAAUUGAAAAAGAUCGAUAAUAAAAUUUAUCCUUUCGGGCAAAAACGAAGAAAAUUUUCGUUUGGAAUAUACAAUUUGAAAGCGGGCAAUAAAAAACGCAAGUUUGCUAUACAAUAUGUUAAAGCGCCUUUAAACACUUUAAGAGAAAUGCGCUGGAAGGAAAAUGAGGCUGUAAGAAAGGAAACUUUGAAAGAGCAAGUUAAAUUAUUCUAUCGCAAGUUGUAUGAAAUUUUGAAAGAUCCACCGGACGGUGGCUGUAGAAAGCGUGCAUAUUUGUGACUUAUGAUUACGAAAACUUGGAUAUUUUAAAGAAUGGAGGUCUGGCCAAAUGUAUCAUAGAUACUGUUGAAAAUUCGUAUGAUGAGAUGGAAGGUAGUUUUCCUGGGGUCGUUGAACCUAAGAGACGUACACCAACCGAUGACAAAGGAAAAUCUUCAAACGCAAAGAAAACUGACUCGGAUACUUCGAGUUCAUCAAACAAAACAAAUAGAAAAGGGAACAAAAACAGAAAUCCUGUCCAUGGAAGAAUAGAAGAAAUGCAAGAUCUUGAUACAGUUAGGCAAGGAGCAGUUCAAGAAAGUCGGGCAAAGAAACGUUAAACAUUCAUAAUUUUUUACAUCCUUUUGUGGCUCCAUUGUCGUAUAUCGACUUAACUCUUUCAAAUUGAAAUCAUGAAUUGAAAUGGGCAUUUUAAAACUUUUCACUAAAAUAAAUGAAUAAAUUUUAAUAUUUGUCGUCA